AUGUCGUCGAAGGAUAAGCUGGAGGGUCUGGUGAAGCGUAUGGAGGUGACCCUGACGGAGAUGGAUGCUCUGAAGCUCCACUGUGGGAAGCAGAGCGAGGAGCUCAGCCUGCUGGUGGUGGACCUGCGCAGGGAGAACCAGGAACUGCUGGAGAAAUACAACCAGCUGGCUGCAGAUAUGAAGGAAGCCAAGGAGAUCAUAGAACAACUACAGGACACCAAGUACGCCUUCGACGCCAAGGAGAGGCAAGCCCGCAAACUCAGCAAGCAGCUGUGAGAGGAAUCCAGGGAGAGUGGGUGAAACGGGCUCAGGAUCUGAGGGAGAACCCACUGGUCACAGACUGGUUGAAUCAAUGUUGUUUCCACGUCAUUUCAACAAAAAUAUUCAACCUGGUGACGUUGAAUGAAUGUGUUUGGGGAAAACUGAUUGGAUUUGCAAAAAGACAACAUAAAGGAAAUUCUGGAAUUUUGGCCUUUUUUUCAGUCAACUUUGAAACUAAAUCCAGUGAUGCGGUUAACAUUUUUGUUUAUUUCACUUUGAAUUAAUGUUAUUUGACAACUCAAUAAAAUAUAAAUCAAAACGAUAUAUAUCUGUGCACAGUGGGAUGGGCUCUGAGGGUCUGGGGAGGAGGAGGAAGAGGAGGAAGAGGAGCAGAAGGGAACUGGGUGGAAAAAUAAGGGUGGCUGGAUUGGAUGUACAGUAUGUAGGAAGAAAAGGCCUGUUUUGUUGAGAGGGAAUAGGGCAGGGGUUGAGUUGUUGAGAGGGAAUAGGGCAGGGGUUGAGUUGUUGAGAGGGAAUAGGGCAGGGGUUGAGUUGUUGAGGGAAUAGGGCAGGGGUUGAGUUGUUGAGAGGAAUAGGGCAGGGGUUAGUUUGUUGAGAGGGAAUAGGGCAGGGGUUGAGUUGUUGAGAGGGAAUAGGCAGGGGUUGAGUUGUGAGAGGAAUAGGGCAGGGGUUUGAGUUGUGAGAGGAAGGGCAGGGGUUGAGUGUUGAGGUGGUGAUUGUUAUUCUCUAAUGUAUGACUUAUUUAUUUAUGUCUGAGUGGUGCGAGUGUAGUUAUGGUGUGUACAUUUAACCAGCAACGAGGAUCGGAUUAAUGUAAAGUGAAGUAAAUCCAAUGUGAACUUAAAUGCUGUGGCUUAGUGUGUACUUUAAAGCUGUAUUUAGAUGUAAUGACCAAGACAACAGAUUGGGGAUUUCUGUGAGGGGAGGAUGUGGGGACUGUGGAUUCUAGCAGAUUGGGGGACGUCAUCAUGGCUAGUAUGGGUUAUAUGGGGUGUACUGUAAUGGAGACAUUUAAAAGGGAUGGACUAGAGGGAGUGAGGACCAUAGAGAUGGACUAGAGAGAGUGAGGACCAUAGAGAUGGACUAGAGAGAGUGAGGACCAUAGAAUGGACUAGGGGAGUGAGGACCUAGAGAUGGACUAGAGGGAGUGAGGACCAUAGAGAUGGACUAGAGGGAGUGAGGACCAUAGAGAUGGACUAGAGAGAGUGAGGACCAUAGAGAUGAACUAGAGGGAGUGAGGACCAUAGAGAUGGACUAGAGAGAGUGAGGACCAUAGAGAUGGACUAGAGGGAGUGAGGACCAUAGAGAUGGACUAGAGGGAGUGAGGACCAUAGAGAUGGACUAGAGGAAGUGAGGACCAUAGAGAUGAACUAGAGGAAGUGAGGACCAUAGAGAUGGACUAGAGGGAGUGAGGACCAUAGAGAUGGACUAGAGGGAGUGAGGACCAUAGAGAUGGACUAGAGGGAGUGAGGACCAUAGAGAUGGACUAGAGGAAGUGAGGACCUAGAGAUGGACUAGAGGGGAGUGAGGACCAUAGAGAUGGACUAGAGGGAGUGAGGACCAUAGAGAUGGACUAGAGGGAGUGAGGACCAUAGAGAUGGACUAGAGAGAGUGAGGACCAUAGAGAUGGACUAGAGAGAGUGAGGACCAUAGAGGAUGAACUAGACUAGAGGGGAGUGAGGGACCUAGAGAUGGACUAGAGAGAGUGAGGACCAUAGAGAUGGACUUAGAGGGAGUGAGGACCAUAGAGAUGGACUAGAGGGAGUGAGGACCAUAGAGAUGGACUAGAGGGAGUGAGGACCAUAGAGAUGAACUAGAGGAAGUGAGGACCAUAGAGAUGGACUAGAGGGAGUGAGGACCAUAGAGAUGGACUAGAGGGAGUGAGGACCAUAGAGAUGGACUAGAGGGAGUGAGGACCAUAGAGAUGGACUAGAGAGAGUGAGGACCAUAGGAUGGACUAGAGGGGAGUGAGGACCAUAGAGAUGGACUAGAGGGAGUGAGGACCAUAGAGAUGGACUAGAGGGAGUUAGGACCAUAGAGAUGGACUAGAGGGAGUGAGGACCAUAGAGAUGGACUAGAGAGAGUGAGGACCAUAGAGAUGGACUAGAGGGAGUGAGGACCUGUACCAUAGAGAUGGACUAGAGGGAGUGAGGACCAUAGAGAUGGACUAGAGGGAGUGAGGACCAUAGAGAUGGACUAGAGAGAGUGAGGACCUGUACCAUAGAGAUGGACUAGAGGGAGUGAGGACCAUAGAGAUGGACUAGAGAGAGUGAGGACCAUAGAGAUGGACUAGAAGGAGUGAGGACCACAUCAUCAAGAUUCCACCCAGAUCCAUAUUUCCAGAGUCCAGAUAAACCACUAGGCACCACUGGGCUGUCUGUCCACAAUAACAGGUUGUUUGGGAGUUUCUGCCUAAAAGGAGCGAAGGCUACAAUCACUGUGUUCCUAAAACCACCUCACCCCCAAAAGACAGAAGAGGAGCCUCACCCACCCUAAAGAGGAGGGAGGAGGAGGGGGAGGAAGAGGAGGGAGGAGGAGGAGGGGGAAGGAGGAUGGGAGGAGGAGGGGGGAGGAGAGAGGAGGAGGGGGAGGAGAGGAGGAGGAAGAGGGGGGAGGAGGAGAGGAGGAGGGGAGGAGGAGGAGGGGGAAGGAGGAGGAAGGGGAGGAGGGGGGAGGAGGGGGAGGAGGAGGAGGAGGAAGGAGGAGGAGGAGGAGGAGGGGGGAGGGGGAGGGGGAAGGAGGAGGAGGAGGAGGAGGAGGAGGAGGGAGGGGGAGGAGGAGGAGGGGGGAGGAGGAGGAGGAGGAGGACGGGUGGGGAGGAGGAGGAGGGGGGAGGAGGAGGAUGGUGGGGGAGGUGGAGGAGGAGGGGGGGAGUAGGAGGAGGAGGAGGAGGAGGGGAGCCAGUUCUGGAAACACAUGGUGGUAGUUUCCUAACCAUAGUGCAGCUGUGGCGGUUUCCCUGUUUUUAA